AUGAGAAAUAAUAAUAAUACAAUGGACAAUUUAAAUAAUGAUGACAAUAAUGAGGUGUCAAGCCGUACGAAUCAACAGCAACCUACACAACAAAUGACGUCAAUUGAAAUAGAUUCACCACAUUAUCCAGAUGUGCCAACAUCAAAAACUGCUGAAAUCGAGAUUAUUGAUCGUGGACGAGCAAUUACACCGUCACCAAUGUUGGAUGAAAAAGUUGCCUAUUCUGAUAAUAAAUCACGUUUUAAUCCGAGAGAUUAUUUUCCAGCAGCUUUGAAAGCACCCGAUAAAAGUGUAAGUUUAGCAUUCCAUGUCAUUUGUAUCAAAACGAUUGAUAAUCCUCUGAAAUGUUUUGAGAAGAAAAAAACUUCGAUUGAUCACGUGUAA